UUUAAGGUAAAAAGGGAUGACAGAUAAAGGUGGCAUUGGUGCCCAGCAAUAUCAAAUACCACCACCGAAAACGCAAGGUGCUGCCACAGGAGGACAGCAACUUUCCGCAACUGCCACGCAGUUUGUGGACAAAAUUGACCCAUUUUCUAAAAGAGGAACUAGCAAACGUCGAAGAAGAUUGGUUAAUAGCAGUAGAUAUCAUCCGGACAGUGAACCUGAACUCACUCAAUUGCAGUUGAUUAAGGAUGCGCCAGCAACAGAACAGUCAGCACUUGUUGUCCAGAAAUUACAACAGUGUCAGAAAAUAUUUGAUUUUUAUGAUCCGGUAGCUCAGCUUAAAAGUAAAGAGAUAAAGCGUGCAGCUCUGAAUGAGCUAAUAGACCAUAUCACAACAGUGAAAGGUGCUAUAACGGAAUUGAUAUAUCCAGAAGUGAUUAAAAUGGUUUCGAAAAACAUAUUCCGCGUAUUACCGCCAUCAGAUAAUUCGGAAUUUGAUCCCGAAGAGGACGAACCAACAUUAGAAGUUUCGUGGCCUCAUUUACAGCUAGUUUAUGAACUUUUUUUACGAUUUCUUGAAUCACCGGAUUUUCAAGCUGCAGUCGGUAAAAAGUAUAUCGACCAACGUUUUGUACUCAAUCUGUUAGAUUUGUUCGACUCGGAGGAUCCGCGGGAAAGAGAUUUUUUGAAGACAGUUUUGCAUCGCAUUUAUGGGAAGUUUCUUGGCUUACGUGCUUUCAUAAGGAAGCAAAUCAACAACAUGUUCUUGUCUUUUGUUUUCGAAACGGAUUCAUUCAACGGUGUUGGUGAAUUACUAGAAAUUCUAGGAAGCAUUAUAAAUGGUUUUGCUCUGCCAUUAAAACAAGAACAUAAGGUAUUUCUUGUGAAGGUGCUUCUCCCUCUUCACAAACCACGCUGUUUAAGUCUCUAUCAUGCUCAGCUCGCUUAUUGUGUUGUGCAGUUUAUUGAAAAGGAUUCAACACUGACACCACAGGUUUUUGAUGCUCUGCUCAAGUUUUGGCCGAGGACAUGUAGCGCAAAAGAAGUAAUGUUCUUGGGUGAAGUCGAAGAAAUCCUUGAUAUUAUUGAACCGGAACAAUUCAAAAAAAUUAUCGAACCGUUGUUCAAACAACUUGCGAAAUGUGUUUCUAGUCCUCAUUUCCAAGUAGCGGAAAGAGCACUGUAUUUCUGGAAUAACGAGUAUAUCCUGUCCUUAAUCGAAGAAAACAGUAGCCAGGUGAUGCCGAUAAUGUUCCCUGCAUUGUAUCGGAUAAGCAAGGAACACUGGAACCAAACAAUAGUGGCGCUUGUUUAUAAUGUUCUCAAAACAUUUAUGGAAAUGAAUGGAAAACUUUUUGAUGAACUGACUGCAAACUACAAGCUCGAGAGGCAAAAAGAGAAGAGAAAAGAAAAGGAACGUGAAGAUUUAUGGAAACGUUUAGCAGCAGUUGAGCUUAAUCCUCCUAAGGAUAGAGAUCCACAUAUACUGAGCAAGACACCGCUAACAAAUUUCACAGCUAAACGGGAAUUACCUGCUGCAUAUGGACUGGUUGCCCCAGCAAAUUCUGUUGGAGACAAGUCACCAAAUUUUAGUAAAAGGUCAAGUGCUGGAACGAACAACAACUCCGUCAAAAAGUGAUAAUCGCCUUAUGUGAUUACUAUCUUGUAACUAAUUAAACAAAUGGCUUGGUUGCAUGCGUAAAAUCUUCGUUGAGUGAAUUGUGCUGUUUCAUUAAUUUUCAAUAGUGACCGUGUUUUUUAUAAGAGUCUGGGGUUGAUCAUGUAUCUCUUUGUGAUGUCGUAGAGUAUUUUCUUCGAGAUUUUUGUUUCUCUUACUCUUGAGGGAAACGAAAAGUAUUUGGAACUUUCUUUAGGUAUAAUCAUGCUUUCAAGCUUGUCGCGGAAACCCGUGUAGGUUCGAACCAAAGAUUUUUACAUUCAUAUUACUACUUAUUUUCUCGCGAACGUGCUUAUUUAUCUAUAUUUGUGGGAGUCACUUUUAUAAUUUGCAGUUUUCAGCUUUGAUCCUUUGAUUUCAUUGCUUAUUGUCAGGCACUGUUACAGUUUGAUUUUCUAUUUAAAUUUAUUAAUGUCUUUCUGCUGUUAAUAGCAAAGGACAAUACGACUGAAAUGCAUCAAGAGCGAGUAGAUGGGGUUCGAACGGUCCUGCAGUUUGUGUAAGAAAUAAUUUUUGGGACAUGUCCUCUAGUGUUAUAUUUAUGUAUCGGAAUUCUAGCCGCAACUAGUCCGGAUGGGUAAAUGUAAUACGUGUGUUGUUACUAUGAGAGCGGUUUCAGCAAAGCUAGUGGUGAAACAUCCACUUGUUGUUGGUCUCAUCUGAAAAUUCACGAACCUUGGGGCUUAGAUUUCGCUUCAUUUAUUUCCAUAUUCCUCCAUCAGUCUUAAAGGCUUAUUUCUUUACUCGCUAACGAGUUAUAUAUUUUUAGAACAGUAACCCCUGCCAUCUCUUCUAUAUUCAUGAAACAUCCAUUUUGUAUUUUGUUUGUUAGACUAUUCCUCCUUUGUAUUUGAUUACCGUGAACUAUUUUAGUCCUUUCCUAGCUUCACUUCUGUAAAAUCAUAAACACUUUCUGGCGUUUCAUAUUUAAUGUUUGUACAUGAUAAUGGCUCGUAAUUUCUUGCGGAA